AUGUCAAACUCUUCAGAAUGGUUUAACAGUAGCAGUUCAUCUUUAUUCACUGACCUGCAACCUUGCGUAUGUUUGAGGAGCACCAUUUCAAAAAUACUUCUGUAUUCUUUCAUUGUAAUAGUCAUAUUCUGCACAGUGACAGGCAAUUUGCUGGUAGUCCUGGCCAUUAUUUAUUUCAAACAGCUACAGUCACCAACAAAUUCUUUUGUCCUUUCCCUGGCCAUUGCAGAUUUCCUGGUUGGUCUGAUAGUGAUGCCAUACAGCAUGAUUAGAACUAUUGAACAGUGUUGGUAUUUUGGACCAACUUUCUGUGAGAUCCAUACAAGCCUUGAUGUCAUGCUAUGCACAGCUUCAAUUUUGCAUCUGAGCUGCAUAGCAUUUGAUCGCUAUUAUGCUGUGUGCAAUCCUCUGGUCUACAGUUUCAAAAUGUCUAGAAGGAGAGUUAUAAUUCUCAUUAUUACAUGCUGGAUUGUCCCACUCCUGAUUUCGUUUGCUCCAAUUAUGCUGGGGCUUCAAAAGCUUGGAAUAGAAAACAAAGUUCCAACAAACACCUGUUUCUUUUUUGUCAAUAAGGUAUACGCAGUCACUGCUUCGCUAGUCGCUUUCUACAUACCCAUGUUUAUAAUGCUUCUUGCCUACUGGAGCAUCUACAGAGUAGCUAAACGACAAGUAAUGCAAAUAAAUGCACUAGAGAACAAAAGGGCUCAACAGAGCUCAGAUGUAUGUAAGAGUAAAAAAGCAAAGGUGAAAAUUUCUAAAAAGAGUGAGAAAAAGGCUGCUAAGACUCUUGGGGUCAUAAUUGGUGCAUUUCUUAUAUUUUGGUUGCCUUUCUUUACACUAAACAUCAUUGAUCCAUUUUUGAUGCAACAAACCGAUAUGGUUAUUUGGGAGAUUCUCUUGUGGCUUGGCUAUGUGAACUCCUCCAUGAACCCUUUUCUUUACGGCUUUUUCAAUAAAUCAUUCAGAGCAGCUUUUUUAAUCAUCAUUAGCUGGAAAAUCUGUUUUCCUGGAGUGUCAUCCAAUGCUGAUCUUUCAAGUGAUAAAAAUGAGGAAAACGAAUGAACAUCAAAUUAAAGUAGUCUAAAGGUAGUUUAUUUAGCCAGUUUAACAGUUUUAUUUCAUUGCCUUACUACUUUCAUUAGAAUAUUAGGCCAUUAGAACAUUUGUGAUAAAAACAGGCCAUUCAGCCCAAAAAGCUCACAAAAUCCUAUCCUUUUGAUUUCUCCAAAACAAAAUCAU